UUGGACAGUGAUUAUUGCUUCCUAGGGUAGAGGUCACAAUUACAACACGUGUGUGUUGGUGGCUCACUGUUUUGUGUUUUACCAUGGAAAGAAGUUACAUCUUUAUUUACGCGUCGGAUUGAACUAAUACUUAUUACGUUGUAUUUUAAUUAUAUUAUAACCAUGUCGCAAGCCAUUUCAGAAAGCAGCAGCGAUGAGGAAAACGAAGCACAACAACCUAAACGUACGAGGUAUGAGUGCCCAGAAGACUUCACGUCAGUGUCGUACGCCCCAUGCCAAAGUGCAAGAAGACAGAGCGUAUUCGACGAAAACAAGGAGCUGUGGCUCAUCAAGGCCCCAGUUAAUUUCGAUCCUCGCAGUCUUUCCGGCAAGAAGUUGCCUCUGGUGGGCCUCACGACGGUUAAGACGGGCAAGGCCGGCGCUACCCAGCAGAUCUUCAGUGUGCUGGGGGGAUGCUCGACCUCCACGAGCCUCCGGCUUCUAACCAGCGACCCCAGCCAGCCGGACACCCACCUGUGCGCCCCAGCCUUCUCCGGUGUGCUCAACGUCUCUGAGAGCUACGGAGACUGCAGCUCCAACCAGGGCCCCAUUGCUGUCCCUGCUGCCCCAGCACCUCAGCUCCCCGACGGGCUGCGCCAGCGCUACUUCCCCUUUGGGAGCAGCAGACCUGCUACGGCCCCCGCGGAGGAGGUGGUGGCCGAGGAGGCGACCGUGCCCGUCCGGCCGGUGAAGAUGGAGCCGGACCACGGUCAGGAGAUGCCCCGGAAGAGGAAGAAGGAGAAACGAAUAAAGGUGGAGCAGGAGGAGGAAGAAGCUGCUGCUGUGGCCGUGAAGGUGGAGCCGCUGGACGAGAGCAUGAUGGCUGAGCAGGUGACGGAGGAGAGGAAAAAGAAGAAGAAGAAGAAGAAGGAUAAAGAGAGAGAGAGAGAAAAGGUGGAGGGGGUAGUGGACCCCUGGGUAAGAGUCAAACAGGAGCCCGUGGACAGAGAUGAAGUGGACUCUGAGUCUGUACAUAAAAAGAAGAAAAAGAAGAAAAUUAAAACUGAUAUUAUGGCCAUGUAAACAUCUACUAUAUUUGAAAGUGUUCUGAAACACUAUUAAGAAUGCACGUGUUGCAUUGAGAAUGUGAAUAAUGUGGCAUAAUUAAAUAUUGAAGACCCAUUCAAUAGAAAUAUG